AUGCCUCGAUCGUUCCUCGUUAAGAAGGUGAAAUUGGAUGGUUUCCACUCUUCCUCUGCUGCAGUCUCAGCUUCUGAACAGCACCUUGAUAACUCGUAUGCAAUAGCUAGGUCUAUCACAGACUCUGUGGGGAGCUUAGGGGUCCGGGUCAGUGAGAACGGUUACAUUCACAGUUACAUCAGCCCGUCAGUGUAUGAGAGCGGAGGGGAGAGUCUGACAGCCCCCCAGCCUGUCUAUACCAAAGUUGGCGAAGUGUAUGGGGAGCCGGAGGGGCUGGGGCCUGACAGCCCACAGUCGGGGCUGGCCAGUGGCUAUUUCAGUGGCGAGGCGGCGGUCAGUGAGGGCUACAGCAUGGACGCCUUCUUCAUCACGGAUGGCCGCUCGAGGAGGAGCGGUGGGAGCGGCCGCCAGGCAACCCAACGCCACCGCUGCGGGGAGUGCGGCAAGACCUACGCCACAUCGUCCAACCUGAGCCGCCACAAGCAGACCCACCGCAGCCUGGACAGCCAGCUGGCCCGCAAGUGCCCGACCUGCUCCAAGGUCUACGUGUCCAUGCCGGCCCUGGCCAUGCAUGUCCUCACCCACGACCUCAAGCACAAGUGCGGCACCUGCGGCAAGGCCUUCAGCCGGCCCUGGCUGCUGCAGGGUCACCUGCGCUCGCACACGGGCGAGAAGCCCUUUGGCUGCGCCCACUGCGGGAAAGCCUUCGCCGACCGCUCCAACCUGCGGGCGCACAUGCAGACCCACUCUGCCUUCAAGCACUUCCGGUGCAAGCGGUGCAACAAGACUUUCGCCCUCAAGUCCUACCUGAACAAGCACUAUGAGUCCGCCUGCUUCAAGGGCCCCCAGGAGGGGGAGUCCUGA